CAUUCGCUUGAACUUGUAGAAAAUGUGAGGAGGCAAUAAAUAUUCUUGAUGAUCGUCAGUCUCGUGUGAGCAUCAGUUGAAUAAAGUUCAGUUUUAAACAAAAUGAGUGAAGGAAAAGUUAUUACAUGCCGUGCUGCCGUUGCUUGGAAGCCUCAAGAACCUUUCAAGAUUGAGGAAAUUCAGGUUGAUCCACCAAAAGCAGGAGAAGUUCGUGUUAAAGUCAUACACACUGGAAUUUGCCAUAGCGAUGUUUCAGCAUGUUCAGGUAAAUUUAUCGGUGUACAAUUUCCAGUCGUUGUUGGACAUGAAGCUUCUGGAAUUGUUGAGUCAGUUGGAGACGGUGUUGAAAAUUUUAAGACCGGCGAUCACGUCAUCACCCUUUUCUUACCACAAUGCAACAAAUGCCGCGUAUGCCAAAAAGGAAAUUCCAAUGCUUGUUUGGAAUUUAUGGGUGCUCAAAUCAGAGGCGUAAUGCCCGAUGGAACUUCGCGUAUAAGUUGUAGAGGUGAAACAUUGUACACAUUUGUUGGAUGCUCAACCUUUGCUGAAUAUACUGUUGUUUCUGAAAUGAAUUUGGCUAAAAUAAAUACAAAUGCGCCAAUGGAAAAAGUCUGUUUAUUGAGUUGUGGAAUAUCGACUGGCUAUGGAUCAGCAGUCAAUACAGCUGGAGUUACAAAAGGAAGUACUGUUGCUGUUUGGGGUCUGGGAACAUUAGGUCUCGCAGCAAUUAUGGGCAGUAAAAAUGCCGGUGCUACAACAAUUAUUGGCGUUGAUAUUAACCCAGAAAAAUUCAAGCUUGCUGGUGAGUUGGGGGCAACUGAUUUCGUAAAUCCCAAAGAAUUAACUGAGCCAGUUGAGAAAUAUUUAAUGGAAAAGUAUGGUGGUGCCAUUGACUAUACCAUUGAAUGUGUGGGUCAAGUAGCAACAAUGACUCAAGCUUUUGAAAGUUGUGCAUUAGGCAAUGGCGUUUGUGUUCUUGUUGGAGUUGCUGACGUUACAGCUUUGCUUAAUAUUUCUCCAGCAAGUUUCUUGCUCGGAAAAGUAUUAAAAGGAUGCUUAUUUGGAUCAUACAAGAGCAAAGAUGCAAUCCCACAGUUGGUUGAAGAUUUCAUGAACAAUAAGUUUAAUAUCGAUAAAUUCAUAACGCACAGUUUAAAAUUGGAUGAUGUAAAUGAAGGCUUUGACAUGCUGAAAUCAGGAAAGAGCAUCAGAUCUAUUAUCAACUUCUAAAUCAUUUACUUUUAAUCAGUGUUGCAAAUGUAGAUGUCUACACUAGAUGAAGAAUGUAGAUUCUUCAAUAGUUUUUGUCUAGCUAAGAAACUUUCUUCAUAAAGAUCGAUUCUAUAUGAAGAUAGAAAAUCUAAUCUACACAAAGAUUAUUU